AUGGCCUCUGAAAGCAGACUCUACACCUUCGGGUCAGACACGAAAGACAAACUCCGAAAGUUCCGCCUAUCGACCUCCCGAUCCAACACGCCCCAAGCAAUCAUAUACCAGAUCGACAAAAAGACUCUAGAAAUCAAACCCUCCGAUGGCGAAGUCUACACAGAUAUGCAAGAGCUGAGCGAUGAGAUGCCUGACAACACGCCGAGAUACAUUCUCCUCAGUUAUCCUCUUACAUUGAAGAAGUCUGGACGGCUAGCGGUCCCUUAUGUCAUGCUCAAUUAUAUGCCGCCGACUUGCUCUGCAGAGCUACGGAUGUUGUACGCGGGAGCAAAAGAAUUGAUGAAGAAUACGGCCGAGGCGGGGAAGAUCAUUGAGAUUGAAAAUGCUGAUGAGCUGGAGAGCAUUGAGGAGAAGUUACAGGGAGAGGAAUAA